AUGAAUAAUCAGCCUAUUCUCCUUCAGAGGAAAAUGGCUGAAAUUAAGAAAUUUAUAGACAUAGGCAUUCCGGUCCUACUUGUCGGACCUACAGGUUGCGGUAAAACAACGAUUGCCGAAAAUAUUUUAGGAGAGGUUCAUUUGAAAUUUAAUUUCAGUUCAGAAACCACGAUUGAUCAACUUAUGGGAAAUAUUACUCUUAAGAAUGAUUCUACAAAUACUGAAUUUCAUUAUGGAAUGUAUUCAACAGCUUUCAAGGAAGGCUCUCCUCUCAUACUUGAUGAAUUCAAUCUUGCUCAUGAAGAUGUAUUGCAAUGUAUUGAAUCUUCAUUAGAUACAGGCGAAUUAUACGUUGAUGACCCAGAAUUAAAUAAUAGCCCGAUAAAAAUGCAUCCUGAUUUUAAGCUUAUUGCUACUCAAAACGAUUUUGAUAAUACAUUUGCUCGAAUGCGUAGUAAACUUACAACAAAACUUACUUCACAUUUCCAAGUUAUACAAUUUGAAGAUUUGAGUGAUGAUGAGCUUACUUCAAUAUGUCCAAACUUUAACAAGGACAUCCCAAUUGAUAUGAUCAAUAAUGCUAUUCAAUUUCAUUAUAAAUGCCAGACUAUUGAUAAUAAUGACUAUUACAUUACGCUUAGAAACCUUAAAACUGCGCUUUUAUCUGCAAAUGGAACUUAA